AUGGUGGAGAUGGUAGAGGUGAUCAAGAUAGAGCAAGAAGAUGGCACGGCUGUGGCCGGCGCCCAGGAGGAGAGAGGCGCCAAUAAACUCGGCAGCCACGAGGAGCAGAUCACAUCCGGGAAGGUGAAGAAGAUGAGGAAGAAGCAGAGCGUCUCUGAUCAACAAUGGAAGCGGGCUUGCCUGGACUGCACAAAGAGGUGCGCCCGUGUCCACGGCCGCGCCGCUUCGUCCUCGUCCGACAAGGCUCCGCCGGCGACGACGCCGUCCUUCUUCAAGGUCAUGAUGGGCCACUUCUCCGAAAACAUGAUCCAUCGGUGAAACUGACUAUGUAAAAACUACCUGCAAACAUUGUACGCAUGCAUGCAGGAGAUACCGCCGCCAUUUGCCAAGACCAUCGCGGACCUGGCGGGCUCCUACGUCUACCUCGAAGAUGCCUUCGGGCUCCGGUGGCGGGUGCGCCUGUGCUGCUCGCUUGACAACGGCCGCUUGUCGUUCGGGCACGCGUGGAAGAACUUCGUGCUGGACCACGCUGUGGCCGUCGGUGAGUUCCUGGUGUUCACGCACAUCGCCAAGUCAGUCUUCGCCGUGCAGAUCUUUGCUAAGUCGGCCUGUGAAAGACUGUAUCUCUGCGAGAAGAACAAGAGGCAGAGCCGGAAGAGGAAGCCGAAGGAGAAGACGAGCUUGAUCGGCGAUGGCACGGCGAAAGCGAGCAAGAUGAGCACUAUGGCUAAAUAUAAACGCAGUAAGAAGAAACAGCUUACUGACUGUGAUCUGUUGGAUGACGGUCAAGCUCAGGAUGAUCAAGAUCAAGAAAAUGUGGCGGAUGCGUACACUGAAUCUGAGAAAUGCGAGGGGUCUAGUUUUCUGACAGGCGCGGAACUGAGCACGCCGUUGGCCAUGAUGAAUAUUGACGAUGAGAUCACGGAUGAUAUAUUUCUGACGACUGAUGCAUACGAAUUCGAAACUGAUUUCUGUAAUCGACACCCAGAAGCAUUCUCUGUGGAAACGGGUAUGGAACAUCUCGUUGUUGCCCAUGGCCAAACUUCAGGUUUCAGUUUCAGUUGUGCAGAGCCGAGCUCAUGGAAUUGUGAAUCUUCCGUGGGAGUUUGCGAGAUGACCGAUCUGCCGGUAGCAAGUACUGAUGGGGAUAAUGAUCCAGAGCAUGCUAUAGACAUCCAUGCAUCACCCGGUAACGAAUUGCCAACAUUUAUUGCUGGCAAAUCUUCUCGUGAUAUUGAUGCACAAGUGCCUCCUAGUGAACUUGUACUCAACGCUUUUAAGAAGGAUGGAGAUAAUUCUCUGUCCCCACCUGGUGGCAACAAAAACCCAGUUCAAAAACAAGGUUAG